UUGUUGAAUGGUCGACUAACCUGUGGCCAUCAUUCAGCUUUUCGUGUUCUUGUUCGUUUAUGGAACGAGAAAGAAGAAAAAGUUAACAAUUUAAUUGGACAAACCCAUACUGACAACAAUGGAACAUUUGAAUUGCACCAAGAGUUUGAUAGAGACGUACACAACGCCAUAUUAACAAUUCAUCAUGAUUGUGAUGAUGGUGUGAAGGCUGGACGACGAAAGUUUAUUUUCCAAAUUCCUGAUAAAUAUUUCAUUAAUACUAUGGAGGAUGUCUUUCACUUGGGUACAUUCAAUUUGGAAACUCGUAUUAAGCAUGCUGAGAGCCGAGUAGCAGAUGAAGAAACAUCCAAUUGA